AUGGUUGGCAUGUCGGUGGUUCCGGUUUCAGCUUGGGCCGUUUGUGCGUCUCUCCGAUGGUGGUCUUGCGGCGUGUCUCAUCAUUCCGUCGCGAGUGCCGAAGCUCGAGCAGGAUUGCGCCAUUUUGUCAGCACCUUUCUUCACCCAAGUGUUUGUGCCAUGAUGUUCCGCCGUGCCAGUCCUGCCACGGUUCUUGUGGCCGUAGGCCUCGCUCUCGGGGGUUGCUUUGCGUGGCCGCUGGUGCUGCCAGCAACUUUCGUUGCCGCUGAAUCUGCCCUGCUGUGCAAGCAGGCAGCUGGCCAAACACUGCGAAGCACUUCCAGGAUGUCGAGGCUUCGCACGAAAGCAGCCCCUUUGCUGACUCUAUCCGCUGGGGGCCUUGGUCACUGGCGUGCAGCCGUCGGUGGGCUGGCGAGUCUGGGCUCCGUGCUCGGCUUGGUUCUCGGCUUGAGGUUGAAGCGGCCUGCUAGAAAGAACAUGGAGAAGACCCAGCCGACGAGCGCUCGCACAGGCAUUUGCGGACAGUGCUUGCUUGGUGAGGAGAGCCAGAUCGGGUCGAAAGCUCAGAAAGUUGUGCGGGCGGGCCUGCAGAAGGAGCAUCUCACUGAGGACGCGGUUUUUGUGCUGCUCACCAAGGAGUACAACCAGCAGCUAAGCAAGGGAGGACGAGAGUUCCGUGAGCUCCGAGGAAAGCUCAGGGCAGCCGCCCCAAGCUACGAGAAGUUGGUCGUGUUGGUGCUUGAUCCGGAGCUCAAAGACACCAGCAGUUGGUCGCCAUGUCUACCAGCAUAUCUGCAAGACCGUUGGGUGGACUUGUCUGGUCUGGACUGGGAGAAGCCGGAGCGGACACUUCGUGCUAGUGAGGAUCUCGUCGGAGGCAUCCAGUUUGCGAAGCAUCUGCUGAAAACCGCUCUGGAGGCGGAGACGGGCAUGAAACGGGUGCUUUUUGUUGGUCCUACUGGAGCCGGGAAGUCGCUGGGCGCCGGCGCUGUUCUUGGGAAUUACAAGGCCUUUCAGGCAAGCGCUGGCGCAGCCAGCAAGACGAAAGGGAUCCAGACUGCAAAGAGUUUGGUGCACAAGGUGGAGUUGACGGACUCUGAGGGCGUCGGAGACACCAGCAUCACGGACAUUUGGAGCUUUCUGCGAGGAAGCAAGUCCCUGAUUGACAGCCUGCUCAAGCUCAUGAAAGAAACUCCUAAAGGCUUCCACAUGGUCGCUUACGUUGCAAGGAUGGGGAGGUUCGGCGUGCUAGAUGCGAAGAUCGCCAGCUUUCUCAAGGAAUAUGUGUUCGUUUCUGAGUCGAUGAAUGUCUGUCUCAUCAUCACACAUGCCAGUGAACUGUUGCCGAUGUCGGAGGAGGAGAAAGCAGCGUGGUUGCAGAAGCAGGUAGAGGAGAACCAGCUCUUCUCUAAGCUCUACGACGUCGUUGACAGGGAUCCUCAAAGGGUCGUCUUCGUCAACAACGUGGAACCCAACAGCGCAUGCCGAGCAGCCAGGAAAAAGGCUGAUCGCGAGGGCGGUUGGUUCGACAGCGUUUCUGAGGAGCAGGUUUGGCAGAGCACAGUGGAUGAGAAUGAAUACGGCAUGCUUCGCCUUCGCGAGAUGAUUCGAGAAGCUGACAAGCCUGCCAAGCCAUCGUCUGAAGCCAUCCGGAAGCUGAUGUCUCAGAUGGCACAGGCAGCGGUUGAAGAAGUGAACCCCGCAAAACGUAUAGGAGAUCUCUUGCAAGACAUCAGCAAGGAGCAGAAGUUGCGCAGCGAUGCAGAAGCCAGGGCACAGGCCAAUGCGACAUCAGGGAGUUCAGGAUCAAGCAGUGAUAGUGACGGGUGCUUCGGUGGCGACUGUGAGGUGGUCGUGAAGGGGCGUGGGACCGUCCUUAUGUCCGAGUUGGCGUGUGGGGAUGUCGUGCUGGGCGAGGGAGGGUGGUGCAGAGUUGUCACUUGGCUUCAUCGCUGCCCCAUGGAGACUUGCAAGAUGUGGAUGAUAUCCACAACGACGGGAGUAGUCCAUGCCACAGGUGAUCACUUGAUCUUCCUCCAGGAUGGCUCUGCCAUGCCUGCUCGCCAACUGAGAGUUUCCCAGCAGCUGGCCACCACCCUCGGUCCGGGUGUUGUGCUGCGCAUUGAACAGUAUGAUGCUCUGGGAUAUUAUGCACCUCUCACAGACACCGGCCGCAUCGUGAUCUCCGGAACGGUAUGUUCGUGCUACGUGCAAAACAGAUUUGGCUUCUCCCACGAUGUGAUGCAUGCAGCUAUGCUGCCGCUGCGUUUGGCAUCGGCCGGCAUGCUGCGGACACACUCGCAUGUGCAAUCACCCCAAACCGGCCUGCAUUGGUACGCUGAGUGGCUGGUCCGUGUAUGUGAAUUCGCAUGCAGGUUGAACUCGAGAGUUGGUUUGCUCCCUCCACUGUGCCGGCCCGGUAUUCAAUCUUGA